GGGGCCUCGGCCAGUGCCGCGCCGCCGGUCGGCCCGAUCUGACGUGUGUCCCGUUGUCGCGUCAUGUUCUGUGACACUUCGGCAUGUUAAUGUGAUCAACAUGGACUUCCAGAGUGCAAUGGAGACCUUCGCUGAAGCAUGGGCGGCCGCCAACACGGUCAAGACGGAGGCGGCGGAGCUGGUUCAGAACCUGGCGUCCGACCUCCGCCGCAGCAAGAGUCCGCGGCGCUCGCCGGAGGAGCGCGGGCGGCCCCCCUCCACCCCGCACGCCCCGCACACGCCGCACACCCCCCACCUGUCGCCCAAGAAGGAGGCCUUCAAUAAUCUGCUGAAUAAGAACGUCUCUGGCAAGACCCUGCCAGUCCACUGCGUGGUGGAGUCAGUCCCGUCCCUCGAGGAGGGCUCCUGGCGCCGGCGGGCCGCGGUGGAGACCGACAGCUACGUCAUAAUCCCCGCGGCCACCGCGUUCCAUGAGCUGGUGCCGGCUGCGCUGAUGAGGCUGGGUUAUCCGCAUGAGAUGGCUGCUUCUGCUAAAGGUUCAGUAGUAAUCAACAACUGGAAACCUUUACCCUUCGAGCGCAUCUCCGACGGCCCACUAGCCACGGUCGGGGAGGUUCUCGGCGAGCUCACGACGGUGGCCACAUUGAGGAUCCAGCUGCUGAGACCGCGGGCCACGCCGCUGCAGGACAUCAAGGAUAAGCUGCUCCGGCUGUUGCUGGUGCAGAGUAGGCCGCUGCUGAUGUCUACUGGCUGCCCGCUCGAUGAGGUGACGCUGGCGCAGAUCUGCCGCGGGCACGAGCGAGCGCCGGGGCCGGGGGGGCACGAGCCCGGCGAGGACAUGCGGCGCCGGUUCGAGGCGUGGUGGAGCGCGCAGGUGUCCCCCCGCGCGCCCUUCAGCCCACGCCGCUACCCCUCGCCCGGGCCCAAGGCGCGCUCGCCGCCCGAGCACCUGCACCCCGCGCUGCAGACCGUGCAGGCGCAGUACCCCACGCAGAAGACGCGCAUGCGCACGAGCUUCGACCCCGAGCUGGAGCUGCCCAAGCUGCAGCGGUGGUUCUCCGAGAACCAGCACCCGAGCCGCCAGCAGAUCCAGCAGUACGUGCGCGAGCUCAACAACCUUGAGUCGCGCCGCGGCCGUAAACCCCUAGACGUCAACAACGUGGUCUAUUGGUUCAAGAACGCGCGGGCUGCUCAAAAGCGCGCGGAACUGAGGAACAUCGGGGGCCUGUCGUGCCACCUCGGCGUGAACGGGUUCACCAGCCGCAGCCACAGCCCCACCAACGGCUCCAUGCUGGCCGGCAACGACAGCUACACAUCCCAGGACCACAACUCCAUGAAAAGCCCGAUCAGUCCCGGACGGUAUCCGAUGUCCGUGAUGUCUGAAGACAACUUGUCGAACGGAGGGUCGGACUUGGAGGACGACGGCGUGGAGGUGAGCCAGGACCUCGACAGAUCUGACAGCCCGGAGGCGCCGCUCUCCCUGUGCACCACGAAGAAGAAUAGCGAUGACUCGGACGAUAGGCAACGUGAGUCGCCGAAACCUCCGGAUAUAAUUAAGGUGCACGACAUCAAGCAGGAGCCGCGGGACCUGAGCAAGCCGGAGGCGGUGACCCCCCCCUCCCCCGCCAAGACCAGCGAGAGCUCGCACAACAACAACAACCACGAGGAGGAGAACGGCGGCGACGAGCCGGCCGACGCGUCCGACGACGAGCCCGAGCGCCGCUACCCGCCCUCCCCGCACCUCGACCGCCUGCCCUUCCCCAUGGUGCCCAACCACCCCAUGUUCGGCCACGGCAUCAUGUACAUGAGCCAGUACAUGAGCGGCUUCCCGGGCGUGGGGCCGGUCCCGGGCGAGGCCGCCGGGCUCAACCUGGCGCUGGCCGGCGCGUCGGACGAGCGCCGCAAGCGCAACCGCACCUUCAUCGACCCCGUCUCUGAAGUGCCGGUCCUCGAGCAGUGGUUCUCCAUCAACACGCACCCCUCGCACAACCUCAUCCUGAAGUACACGGAGGAGCUCAACCGCAUGCCGUACCGACAGAAGUUUCCGCGCCUCGAGUCGAAGAAUGUCCAGUUCUGGUUCAAGAACCGGCGCGCCAAGUGCAAGCGCCUGAAGAUGUCGCUGUACGAGCCGGCCUCCCCCGGACACUACUCGCACCCCGCGCACGCUCAUUCGCUCGCGGAACGCAAGAUGGUCUGAAGCUCUCCCCUGAUUGGACGGUACGCACCAGCGAAGACUGCGAUUGGUUAGUGUAUGGUGCCAUGUUAGUAUUACAUUUGAACUCUAAUGUAGGAUAUGAAGUCAUUAAAUCGAGUAUUUAUCUUUUACACGAGGCAUUACUUGUGUUUAGACAGCUUGAAACGAAGGCGGUCUUUAUGUAUCUUGUCUUACAUAAGAGCUUCGACGUUGUUAGAAGUAAUUGUAUUGUAAAGAACUAUUACUCAAAGUAAAUAGGUACAUUUCAAUUUAGUUUGUGUGUGAAUCUCAUCUUUAAGUGUACAUUAUUAAUAUACAAAUACACACCUUACAUCACUCAGUUUAUUUAUUUAAAAGAUACAUUAGCUGUACAGAAUCUGUUAUUUAAUGUAGUUUUUUAAUUAUUUUAAUUAGGUUUAGUCUUACGGAACGUUCCAAUUAAGAUUUGUUUUAAUAUUGUAAAAUACCUAUGUGAGAUCGAUACUCUUCAAUGAUAAUACUUUAUAAUAAGUAAUUAUUAUAAUCUUACAUAAUUAUAGUAUAAAUUAUCAGUAUAAAGUUAUGAGUCACUAUUAGAGAUUAAUAACAUAAUAAUGCACAUGUAGAACUUUCUAAAUCUAGGGCUUGUUUCACCACUAGGAGUGUAUGUUGUAAAUUUUUGGUGGGACUUGCCUUUAAGUAGGUGUUGUCUGACCAAACGUCAAUAGAUCUCGAUGGCUUCGUGGAAUCCAUCUCUGUAUUUUUGCAGAUAUCGUCUAAGACCCGUUGAUGGUUGGUCGGGUAAUGUGUAAUAAUUAUAAAAUGUGUAUAAAUUAGUCUCCUGCUUAAGGCGAUGUGAUCUGUGCGUGCUCGCACUCUAUUCAUUCCAUAAAGUUAUUAUUUAAAAUUUUACGUUAUCCAAAGAUUGACUAGCUGUUGUUGUAUGGUGUCUGAAGAUAAGUGCUACGACUAAAAUGAUGCUCAGGAAUAUAAUUAGUAUGCUUAAUACUAGAAAAAUUACAGUAUUCGCGCAUUUAUACUACGACGAGGCUGACUCAUCACUAUCGUUUCGUAAACUUUAGGACUGUUUUUUAGUUUAUAGGCAACUUUUUAUAGUUAUAACUUAUAUUAAAACAUCGUUUUGUUGUUUCCAUGUUAUGCUUGUUUUGUGACGCUGUGAUGACAUUCCCAAAUAUUGUAAAUAUUUUUUUUUAUAAUAUUAAUUGUUAAAAUAGGCUUUUUAGUAUUGUCACUAAGCUCACACGAACAAUUUAGCAUUUACUGUUUAGGUAAUGAAGAUAUUGGCUAAAUGUUUAUUCACUUCAAUUAUAUAAACGAAACAUAAAUCGAAUAUAAUACAAUAUCAAA